AUGUGGCAAGUGGUGAAGAAGAUUCAGCUGGCCGGGGCAAACGUUGGUGAGUGGAAGAGUGUGUACAUCAGCCCAGAGGGCAAAACAAUAUCCUCCUUGAAGAAGGCCAAGGAGCUGGGCUUCGAGGAAGGACGCGCGAAAGAGGAUGUCGGUGUCGCCAGUUCUUCCACGAAACGUUCCCAGUCCGGGGACAAGGUUGGUUCUAGUGAGCCUGCCUGUGCUGAUGAGCAACGUUUGCCGGAAGAGGCUUCGUCGUCUGGCUGCAACGUGGACACUCCGAAGAAAAGAGCCGCUCCUCGUGAUGAGAUUGAUUCACCGGAGAAGCAGCCCGUGAGCAAGUGCAUGCGUAGGCUUCGGGGUAAAAGCUGCGUCAGAGUGGAGAUGACGCUCGCUCAGCGGCAAAGCAUGGCGGAUGUUUUGAAUGAGACGUGCUCAGGGUACCAAGGAAAUCCCCUUGGCCUCAAUUAUGAGCGUACAGAAACCAAGCAUUGUCGUUUGUGCGGAGUUGCGAAGCACUCUGCAAAAUGGAUGAUGAGAAGCACGGGGUCGGGGGCAAGCAAGUGUGCUGGCAGUUGCUGUUACUGUUGUUAUAGGGCCGCGUAUGUGCUCGAUAUCAGUCGGUCACCCUUUGUCUUGCAGCACUUGCCCGAGGUGAAGCGCAUUCUCGCGCUGAAAUCCUCUGAAAUCAGAAAUGAAAUCAGUUUGUACAAUGGUGACGUGUGUAUGUGUGUUGAUUGCUCGUCGAAGUGA